AUGUGCAAUUAUCCAAUUAUUGAAAGAUUAAUUCCUUGGAAUUUAUUAAAAAAAAAUAUGCAAGAUUAUUUACCUGUUGAAAUGAAAAUGCAUUUAACAACACUUACAAUAAGAUUGAAAAGUAAUUUUUUUUAUGGAAGGGUCCCACCAAUAAUAUGGAUAGAAGAUUCAUUAUUAUUAGUUGAAGCUUGCUUAGAUAAAACAUGGGAAAUAUUAAAUUCAGGUUACUGGCGAUUUGUUUUGAUAGAGUAUCGAUAUUGCUACUCAUUUUGUACUAUUUUAAAGGCAGUACUGUUGGAGUUUCAAUACAACAACAAUACCAAGGAAUGCACAAAGAACAUAACUUCGUUAAAAAGUAUUAUUCAACAGAUAGAUAAAGGUAUUUUGUUAGGAGCACCACUUCCUAAUGUAUCUUAUUUGUUACCAAAAAUUGCUUCAGAACUAAAUAAUUGUACUAUCAAAUCAUUGAAAAUACAGGAUUUAGAAGAAUUGGUUGUUGAUUAUAAAAAUUUGGAUGAUUCUGUAUUGCCUGGAUUUGUUGAAAUUGUUCAGUAUGUUGAACCCUCAAUGGAGUUAUUUUACAAACAAAUAUUUAUGCCAAAAGUACCAGCAAUAUUAAAAGGUUGUAUUGACCAUUGGAAAGCUUUGAAUCACUGGAAAAAUUUAAAUUACUUAAUCAAAGUGGCAGGAAAUCGAACUGUACCUAUUGAAAUUGGGUCACGUUACACUGAUGAAGAUUGGACACAACAGCUUCUCACUUUUUCAGAGUUUUUACAAAAAUAUGUCUUAACAAAAAAUGAUCAAAUUGGUUAUUUAGCUCAGCAUCAGCUUUUUGAUCAGAUUCCUGAACUGAAAGACGAUUUUACAGUUCCAGAAUAUUGCAACUUUACAGACAAUGAUGAUGUGGAACAACCAGAUAUAAACGUUUGGUUUGGACCUAGUGGGACUAUUUCACCUCUGCAUUUUGAUCCCAAAAAUAAUCUUUUAUGUCAAGUGUUUGGAUACAAAAGAGUUAUUUUAUAUAACCCAAAUGAUUCAUUUAAUUUGUACCCAUAUGAUACAAGAUUGCUUAAUAAUACUGCACAAGUUGAUCCAAUGAAUCCGAACUAUGAAAAAUGGCCUAAUUUUAGUAAAGCAAAAGGUUUGAUGGGUUAUUUAAAACCAGGAGAAAUGCUGUAUAUUCCUCCAAAAUGGUGGCAUCAUGUAACUUCUUUGACGCCAAGUUUCUCAGUUAGCUUUUGGUGGAGUUAAGAAAACCAUAAAACUAUAUUUGGAAAUUGAAUG